UAUUUCGAAAAUUCUAAAGUAAAUCUUUCCUUUCGGCUGCAAAAUUCUAAGAUAAUUAAUUAAAGUAACUUCAACCCGUUACCAAGGAAAGGAAAUUUCUCCACCCGUAAAAACUCCCUCUAAGCCUGUUAUUAGACAUUCGAUACAAAAAAUGAAGAAAAAGAUGACUUAACAGAGAAUCAACUGAAAUACAAAGGUACCUAGCACUUCAAAAUAUGGAGGAGAACGAAGACGAACCCGAAGACGUACAAAAAGCGACUCCGGUCGAAAAUGAAAUCGAAAAAGGCGAAGUUGACGAGAGCGUCAACCAUAAAACUGAAAUAGCGAAAAGAAGAGACAAACCACAAAGAUGUGUCGACAGAAAUGCACCAAAAAAGAAUAAGAAGACAGUAAAGGCGAAAGGAGACUGCUGCAGCAGUAAACGAGGAAAAAUGGCAAAGGCAUCCAAAAAUGCGACAGUCUUUAUUUUCGACAAACUGCCACCAAUACCGAAGCCGGAAAUUAUUCCUCGCCAUUGUUUAUCAAAAAAAGAACACAUAGACGUUUUGGCGACUCCUCAGCGAAAAUACCAGCCAUCGUGCGAGCGAAAACCAGUAAUUAGGAGGUUAAGGCCAAUUUCUAUGCGUCUCGUAGAAAUGGCACAGCCUACCAAAAAUCGGCUAAUGGCAACCCUCGAAGAACGUGGAACUUCUCUUCCGCCAUCUUUAUUGGAUAACCUUAUCAAGACCCUAGAAGGGGAGACUUGUAUGACACCAGAGCAGGCAGAAAAUUUAUUUAAAGACAAAGAGCGCUGCUCGAAGAACAGGAACUCGAGGGAUCGGAAGAAGUAUAAAUGUAGGACGAAAUCGAAGAAACCCGCUGCAGUUGGAACGACAUUAUUGGACAAAGACGCCGUCAAUUGUCAAUAUUUAAUGGCCGAAAGGUUUGUGAAGAGCAUCUUGGAGUGGAAGUGUCCGAUUCCGAAGGAAGAGUUCAGCGACAUCGCGGAAGUUAUUCUGAAGCGUUUGAGCUGCAUCUUGAAGUACACUCCUGUUGGAGAUGAAGACCGGAAGUCGCAGCAAAUGCGGUUCCUUUCCGAUUUAAUUGCGCGUUGGAUUUCCGGGGUGCUCUUCGAGGUCGCCGAGGCUCACAGAAGCGAGAUAGAAGAGGAGUGCAAGAGGAGGAAAUUGGAGAAGGAGGCGGAAACCGAAGAAGAAUCGGAGUCCGAUGAAGAAGAAGAAACGAAGGCCUCUGAUGCGGAAAAAGAGUCUAUAGACGAAGACGAAGACGAAGACGAAGAUAAACGCGAGAAGGAGGCUAAAAAGAAGGACGAGAAGAGGAAAGAAGAAGCAGGAAAACAGGGAAAACCCGAAGCAGAGUCAAGGGACCUAAGAGAGGAGGAACUUGAAGAAGGCGAGAAAGCAGCGGGUGGAGAAACCGAAGAUGAAGGCGAACGGUUGGAAGCUUUAUACACGACCCUCGAUCGCACCGCAGAUUUUGAAGAUGCCGAAGAGAUGCCAGGAGAAUCUGAAGCUGAAACUCUGCAUGCCGAUGAAGCUGCGCCAGUACCUGAAGAACCACAGGAUGAAGAAGCGGUCGAAGAGGGACAGACGGAGGUCGUGGAAGUGGACGUUGAAAAGCAAUCUGAAGAGGCGGAAGGAAUUGUUACUACGGAAACACCAUCCGUAGAAGUCCUUGCUCAGCAACCUCCAUCGGUGGAAAUUCUUCCCCAGCAACCUCCAUCGGUGGAAAUUCUUCCCCAGCAACCACCAUCGGUAGAAAUCCUUCCCCAACAACCACCGUCGGUAGAAAUCCUCCCCCAGCAACCGCCAUCGGUAGAAAUCCUUCCUCAGCAACCACCAUCCGUAGAAAUUCUUCCUGAGCAACCACCAUCUGUAGAAAUUCUUCCUCAGCAACCACCAUCUGUAGAAAUUCUUUCUCAGCAACGUAGAUCCUUUGAAGUUCUUGAAGAAUCUCCACAAGAAGGAAUUCCAGCCGAUAGAAGAAUUCCUCUUCAAGAUAUACUGGACUCCGUUUCACCGAUCGAAGAGGUGCCGAUGGUCGGCGAGGUUCCGGUAGAAGUCCUUGAAGAAGUUGAAGAAAUUGAAGAGGUUCAGGUUGAGAGGCCUCCCACGGAAGAGGCUCCUGAAAUGCCCGUAGAAGGGGAAGUGGUUGAAGAAAUACCGAAAUCAGAGGUUAUCGGCGAUUUUGCGAACAUCUUCAAGACCGACAUCCCAUUUUUGACCGUGGGGACGAUCCUGAAGACUAUACACCUAAUGGUGGAAAACGAGAAGGAAAGCCCUGGGGACGAUCCAGUGACGAAUCGCAUCCAUCGCGCGAUUUUUGAAAAGUUUACCGCCAUCGUUGCUGCGGAAAACCCAAAGAUGCUGACGGAGAACUUGAAGAGUUUGAUAUCUCUCGUGUCGGGGAAGGUCGCCUUGUGGCUGAAGAGGGUGCUCUCGGACUCUCGGACAGUUUUCUUCGACGCAAAUCCAGCGGAAGUCGAAUCCGCUGAGAUUAGAGACUGGUCAAAGUGGAUCGAUACUCUCAGCGAUUCGGCAAGAAAUUGGCAGAACUGGAUCCGAAACACCAUAAGAGAAGCCGAAGACAUGAAAGGGAAAACCGUCACUCGUGGACAGUGGCACGAUUGGACGAAGGCUGUGGAAACUAAUGCUCUUCUUUGGCGAAGAUUUUAUUUGCAGAUCACGCAUCAAGCUCAUCGCAACAUUGUCAUGACGUUCCAAAGAAACGUCGUGAAGAGUGGGCAGAAGAAGAUGCCAGAAUUCCUGGAAAAGGAAAUAAAAAUCUCCAAUUUUUAGGCACCGCGAGUUUUCUGAGAUGAGUAAAAAUUCGUCAAGGUGUUACACUAAAAAAAGUACAGGUACAAAUUAAACAUGCAAAUUGCACUUUUAGCUCAUUUUGAUAAUAUAAAUCUUAAUAAUCUCAUUAAUUCCUAACAGCAACGC